AUGUUAAGCAAACCAGUGCUGGUGGAAUCCCUGAUCGUGUUCCUCAUCGUCCUCCUGGUGCACGGGAAGGUCUGGGACCGCUACUCCUGGUGCGCCACCGCCCUCGCCAUCCAGGCCUUCUACGUCCAGUUCAAAUGGGACCACCUCCUCCAGCUGGGGGGGGCGGUCUUCCAGUUCCGUGCAGGAGCCAACAGUGGCCUCCUUCCAGCCAGCAUGGUCAUCCCCUUGCUGGGGAUAGCCAUGAAGGAGAGAUGCAGGGCUGCUGGCAUCGUCUACUUCGAGCGCUUCGGCAUCGUCGUGGCGGGCGCCGGGGUGCUGGUCGCUCUCUUCCUGUCGGUGCUGGCAGUUGGCAUCACAAAGCCCAUGCCAACCAACACCUGCAUCCUCACUGGUGUUGCUGGCAGUGUUGUCAUCUACACCAUGAAGCACUCUUUGACUGUGUCAGAAGUGAUAGAGGUCCUAGAAGUGCUGCUCAUCUUUGUCUACCUCAGUAUGAUUCUGCUGUACUUGCUGCCCCGGUGUUUCACCCCGGGAGAAGCGCUGCUGGUGCUGGGAGGUGUCAGUUUUGUUCUCAAUCAGCUCAUUAAACGCUCCCUGAAUGUAGUUGAAGGCAGAGGGGACCCCAUAGACUUUUUCCUGCUGGUAGCAGUUGUUGGAGUUGUUCUUCUGGGGCUUUUUUUCACCGUGCUCUUCGUUUUCAUGGAUUCAGGCACGUGGGUCUCCUCCUUGUUUUUCCACAUGAUGACAGCAGUGCUGGGCUUAGGGGUCAUCAUGCCUUGGCUGUACCGCCUGAUCCAGAGGAACCCUUUGUUCUGGCUACUCCAGUUUCUCUUUCAGACACAGACAAGGGUUUACCUCCUCGUGUAUUGGACCUUUUUGGCUGCUUCAGCAUGUGGUGUAGUUUUCUACCAGAAUGCUAAGAGAUCAUCUGAAUGCAAGAAGCACCAGGCCUCGACAGUCACCAGGAAGUAUUUCCAUUUCAUUGUUGUAGCUACUUAUGUUCCUGGGCUGAUCUACGACCGGCAGCUCCUCCACGUGGCUGCAGUGCUGUGCCUGGCAGUCUUCAUCUUCUUGGAGUACAUCAGGUACUUCAGGAUCAAACCAUUUGGCCAAACCCUUAGGCAACUCCUGUCUCUCUUCUUGGAUGAAAGGGACAGUGGACCUCUAAUUCUGACUCAUAUUUAUCUCCUCCUCGGUAUGUCCCUCCCAAUCUGGUUGUUCCCCAGAUCUUGUGCUCCUAAAGGUACCUUGCCUGGGGCAGGAGCACUGGUCCCCUACUCUGGGGUGCUGGCAGUAGGGGUAGGAGACACCAUUGCCUCUGUUUGUGGCAGCACAAUGGGAGAAAUCAAAUGGCCAGGAACAAAGAAGACUUUUGAAGGGACAAUGACAGCUAUUUUUGCUCAGAUCAUUGCUGUGGCUCUUAUCCUGAUCUUCGACAGCAGUGUCAAUCUGAACUCCAGCUACGCCUGGAUUCUGGCAUCUGUGACCUUAGUGUCUCUUUUGGAAGCUUAUACAACCCAAAUUGAUAACCUGCUGCUGCCCCUCUACCUCCAGAUAAUGUUUAUGGUAUAGAAGCACUUUCAGGAACAGAGGUCUCCUCCAUUUCUAGAGAAAAGUGGUAACAAAAUAUGCACUGUAAUGAGAGCUCAGAG